UGCUUGUUUAUGAGCCCGUCUAACAAAACAUCACUAGCCUUGUCAAUAACCCAGGGAGUGCAAGUCAUGUGCGCCCUAAAUGUAAACAUCCUCGGCUGUUUAUUUUCCUAAAUGCCGACGGCGUGUAAACACGCUCCUCACGCUUGCAGAACCUACUUGGAGGACGAACUGGUUCGCGCACGGGAGCGGCCCAAGCCCAGGGAGGACCUUUACAACAAGAUGGUGGAGGUGGAUAAAGAAGGCCCGACUGCCCAGGAACACGCUCAACGUGGAGUCACCAAACCUCGCUACAUGCAGUGGAGGGAAAGCAUGAGCUCCAGCAGCACCAUGGGCUUCAGGAUAGAUGGCAUCAAGAAAUGUGACGGCACCUGUCGUACCGACUUCAAGAAAACCAGGUCGGAGCAGGAUGUCAUGGAGGAGUUCAAGGGCUUCGUCGAAGGCGACGUCAACUUUAUAAAGUCUUACCUGACAAGACUGCUGGCGAUCCAACAGGCGCUGAAAACAUCAGAAUUCUUCAAGCAACAUGAGGUCAUCGGCAGCUCUCUGCUUUUCAUCCACGACCACACGGGAAAAGCUCAGGUGUGGAUCAUUGACUUUGGCAAAACCACCGCGUUGCCGGAGGGCCACGUGUUGAAGCAUGACGUUGAUUGGCGAGAGGGCAACCGCGAGGAUGGUUACCUUUUGGGUCUGCAGAAUCUCAUUCGCAUCAUGGAGGUUAUGAGCAGUCAAUGACUGUGGUCAUGCAAGUGGGGGAAAGGUCGCCGGGCUUUUAAUCAGCAAGGUUUUUAUGCGGAGGAAAACAGGCGUGCACACUGUGUGGACAGAAUUAUUGGGACACCUGGACAUUACUUAUCAGAGACAUUUUAUGGACGUUUGCAUUAGGGUUUAAUAAGAUGAAAAACUAGAAACGGCAAUUUCUGGAGAAACUAGAUGAGGCUUUGCUGUGGUAUGUACGGAUCUGUCAGGUUACUUCCUGUUGAUUCGGGGAAAUUUCGGGGACACAUCCUGUUGAUAUCAGGUCAUUUCAAGCCAUUUCAAUGGCAUCGACUUACUUGGGCGCCAGUUAAAUGUCAAUAGGCUGUAAUGGUAAGUUUUGGUAAAAAAAAAAUCACAACCACGCAGGUUUUUCUGCCAUUGAAAAUGAAUCAGAAAUUUAAAAUUAAUUAUGGAAAAUUUUGACGUACAUGGCUGCCAAUGGCAUGGACUAGCAUGGCUGUCAAUGGCAUGGACUUACUUGGGCGCUAGUUAAAUGUCAAUAGGCUGUAAUGGUAAGUUUUGGUAAAAAAAAAUCACAACCACGCAGGUUUUUCUGCCAUUGAAAAUGAAUCAGAAAUGUAAAAUUAUGGAAAAUUUUGACGUACAUGGCUGCCAAUGGCAUGGACUUGCUUGGGCGCUAGUUUUAUGUCAAUGGGCAGUCAUGGUAAAUGGUUAGAAAUCACAAGGACCUAAGAUUUCCUGCCAUUGAAAAUCAAUGGGAAAUUUGGACGUACAUGGAUGUCUAAGGCAUCCCUUUAGAAAUGAAUGAGACUGUUUUUGGCGACUAUUGGUGGAAUCGUAUGUUUUGGCCAAAUUCUGUAUAGAACUAUUAUGCCCCUUACCAUCCUGGAAUUUUUUAUGUGCAAAUUAUGCGAUUUGGUCAAAACAGAUAUAUCUAAAAAAAAAUUCUGCCAUUGAAAAUUAAUGGGAAAUUUGGACGUACAUGGCCAUCAAUGGCUUUCAAUGGCAUGGACUUGGGCGCCAGUUUAAUGUCAAUAGGUAGUCAUGGUAAAUGGUCAAAAAUCACAAGGACCUAAGAUUUUCUGCCGUUGAAAAUGAAUGGGAAAUUUGGACGUGCAUAGCUGUCAAUGGCAUGGACUUACUUGGGCGCCAGUUUAAUGACAAUGGGCAGUUAUGGUAAAUGGUCAAAAAUCUCAAGGACCUAUGUUUUCCUGCCAUUGAAAAUGAAUCAGAAAUUUAAAAAUUAAUUAUGGGAAAUUUGGACGUACAUGGCCGUCAAUGGCAUGGACUUACUUGGGCGCCAGUUUUAUGUCAAUGAGCAGUCACGGUAUAUUGUCAUAAAUCACAAAGACCUAAGAUUUCUUGCCAUUGAAAAUGAAUGGGAAAUUUGGACGUAGAUGGCUGUCAAUGGCAUCCCAUUGGAAAUGAAUAGGACCGUUUUUGGCGAAUUUUGUGGGAAUCGUACAUUUUGGCUAAAUUUUGUAUAUAACUUUUAUACUUACCUUACCGUCCUGGAAUUUUUGAUUUGCAAAUUAUGUGAUUCGGUCAAACAUGGAUACAUUUUUGAAAGAAAAAAAAAACGGCAUUUACGGGUGAAGGAAAAUUUUUCCACACAGGUUUUUCUGUAAUUGAAAAUGAAUGGGAAAUAUGGACGUACAUGCCCGUCAAUGGCAUGGGCUCACUCGGGUGCCAGUUUAAUGACAAUGGGCAGUCAUGGUAAAUGGUCAAAAAUCACAAGGACCCUAAGAUUAUCUGCCAUUGAAAAAUGAAUGGGAAAUUUGGACGUACAUGGCUGUCAAUGGCAUCCCAUUAGAAAUGAAUGGAACAUUUUUGCAAAAUUGGAAUUUUACUAUUUGGGCCUUUGCCUCGCAAAACCGCUUCUAAUUACGAUUCAGGAAACAAUUUAGAUCGCCCUAGUAACAUCCGGUGUGUCUCAGUACUUUUGUACACAUGCUUUACAUAUACCGUAAUCCUGGCCUCAGGCUUUUACAUUGAUCUAAGUGAGCUAUUUAUGUAAAUUGCCACAAAGCUUCCUGAGAACUAACAGGAAAAAAGGAAUACAGUAUAAACAUUUACUGUUAGUUUGAAUAGGAUUCAUCCAUAUCCGAAUGUUUGUCCUCUGUCACAUGGUCACGACACUUGUUUUUGAGAGGAUUUUCCAGGCUUUUCCAAAAGAUAUCUCAAAUUUGGCAGACCUAGAAUUUUAAAGGGAACCACGGAUAGAAAGACUUGUAGUUCCUAAAAGUUAAAUGCUAGUAUGAGUUAUAAUAAUUUGAUAUUCCAACCUCUCUUAAAGUUUUUGUUUUUACACAAUUUGACGAUACUUCACAAAGCGAGCAGAAAAAGCAAUUAAAUAAAAGUCUCCAGAGGUAAUCAAACCCAAAUUUCCCGUGCGAAAGACGAGAGCGUCGACAAAUGAAAAAAAAAAAAGAGGCAAUGACGCAACUAACAAUGAAGGGAUAUACAAACUUUUAAAUGGCAGCAAGUCAAUUUCUUGGCAAGCCGCCUAGGAUCGGUUUAAAAUCACCGCUGAUGAGCUGGAAUUGGAUGCAGGUACGACGUCGGGAACUCAUCCCACAGCUCUGUAACAAAACAAUCUGACCAGCAGCAGAAUGACAAAAUCAUGCCAGUCGUCAUACUAGCUUCGCUUGCUACUUAGCACAGCUAUUCUCCCAGUCCAGCCCAACCGCGUCAACACCCCAGUAUCCAUUGGAGAGACAGCGAGAACCAAAAGUUGUAUUUGCCAUGUUGUAAAAUGGAUUUUGCCAUGUGGCAUUUUUUUUUUAGAUGUGGCAAAAUGGAUUUUGGCAUGUGGGUUUUUUUUUUUUUUUUUUUUUUUUGCUGUGUGGCAGUAUUUUGCCAUGUGGUUAAAUGGAUUUUGCCAUGUUGCUUUUUUUGCCAUGUGGCAAAAUUGAUUUUCUCUUGUAGCAAUUUUUUUGUCAUGUGGCAUUUUUUUGCCAUGUGGCAAAUUUGAUUUUCCCAUGUGGCUUUUUUUGCCAUGUUGCAAAAUGGAUUUUGCCAUGUGGCAUUUUUUCUUUGCUAUGUGGCUUUUUUUUUUUUUUGCCAUGUGGCAAAAUUGAUUUUCCCAUGUGGCAAAAUGUAUUUUUACAUGUGGCAUUUUUUCUUGGCAAAAUGGAUUUUGGUUUGUGGCUUUUUUUUUGCUGUGUGGCAGUAUUUUGCCAUGUGGUAAAACCGAUUUUGCCAUGUGGCAUUUUUUUGCCAUGUGGCAAAAUUAAUUUUGCCAUGUUGCUUUUUUUUGCUAUGUGGCAAAAUUGAUUUUCUCAUGUGGCAUUUUUUUUGCCAUGUGGCAUUUUUUUGCCAUGUGGCAAAUUUGAUUUUGCCAUGUGGCUUUUUUUGUCAUGUUGCAAAACGGAUUUUGCCAUGUGGCAUUUUUUUGCCAUGUGGCAAAAUUGAUUUUCUCAUGUGGCAUUUUUUUUGCCAUGUGGCAUUUUUUUGCCGUGUGGCAAAUUUGAUUUUGCCAUGUGGCUUUUUUUGCCAUGUUGCAAAAUGGAUUUUGCCAUGUAGCAUUUUUUCUUUGCUAUGUGGUUUUUUUUUUUUGCCAUGUGGCAAAUUUGAUUUUCCCACGUGGCAAAUGUAUUUUUACAUGUGGCAUUUUUUCUUGGUGUGUGGCAAAAUGGAUUUUGGUGUGUGGCAUAUUUUUUUUGUGUGUGGCAUUUUUUGGAGUCUAUAGCACAGGUGUCAAACCGAUUCCAGAAAGGGCCAAGUGGGUGCAGGUUUGCUUUCCAACCAAUGAAGAGGACACCUUUUCACCAAUCAGAUCUUUUACAUGUGUAAUCAGUUAAACUUUGUCAGGUGCUGCUUGUUUCUGUAGGAAGUUCAUUGGUUAAACUCUCUGCAUGGUAUCGGUUGGAACAAAAUCCAGCACCCACUUGGCCCUUUCUGGAAUUGGUUUGACACCUGUGGUCUAUAGCAUUUUUGCGGGCCAUGCACGUCCGUGCCAUUAACAGCUAUGCACGUCCAAAUUUUCCAUUCAUUUUAAAUGGCAGAACAACGUGUGGCUGUGAUUUUUGACUAUACAAUUAUCAUUACAGCGCAUUGACAUUCAACUGUCACCCAAAUCAGGCUACGCCAUUGACGUAUGUGCACGUCCAAAUGUUCCAUUCAUUUUGAAUGGCUGAAAAACGUGUGGUUGAUUUUUGACCAUACACUUUACAUUACAGCGCAUCCAUUUUGCCACAUACAAAAAAAAAAUGCCACAUGUCAAAAUACAUUUUGCCACAUGGCAAAAAAAAAUGCCACAUGGCAAAAUAAAUUUUGCCACAUGGCAAAUACCACUUUUCGUUCUCGGCCCUGCUGGUCCAUUGCACGCGUAAACCAUGACGCCCUCCGUAGGUCAGAGCAUGCUAAAUAUUAUAAAUUUUCAAAUCAAUGGCAAUAUUUUAUGUGUUUUAAUAACAUAUUUUAGUAAAAGAGAACAAUUGUAGCUAAUUAGAGUCUACAAAUCUUUAAAUCCGAGGUUCCCUUUAAGGAAAAGAGAAACGACUAGGUUCGUGAAUUCGACUCAAGAGGAAAUUACACUUUGUAUCGCAAACCGUAUCGUAUCAUGAGGUACAAAGAGGUUCCCAUCCUUAGUCCUGUGCAGGUUACUUAUGAAUGAAUGCCGUUUUCGUGUCAAAUUUGGUGGGUGGCGGCUUAUAGUCCGAAAACUAUGGUACUCUCUAGCUAUCAUACAUUACUCACCAAAAUGUGAUGCCGAGGUCAGGUUAGUAAAGAAUGCUCUUUAUAUGAGUCUAAAUGUGAAAUGUGAUUCUGCAACCGCUCAAUACAGGAGUGGAUAUAUUUUAGUGGGAAGCGGUUACUAGUACCUAGCUGUUUUUUUUUUUUCCAAUUAUACAGUAUAUAAAACAUCAACAUAAUUAUUUUACAAAGCUUUGAAUACAUUGAUGGGUUUGUUUGGUGUGUUAUUUAAGUAACAAUAAUCAAAGAGGUCCUUGGAUUUAUUUGGACAGCUGUGCUUUAAAUGAAGAGCUGGCUAGUCAUUUUUGAAUGAAAUCAUCUGAAUAUUUAUCCAUUUAAAAAUCCUUAUUAUGUACACUUUUCUACAGAGCACCUAAAGGGACAUCGACAGAAAUAAAAUAAAUUUAAGAAAUCUAUUUGGUAAACAUGAGCAUUUUCUUGCAUUUAAGCUAGCGGACUUUCGCUAUACAAGUUAGCCAAUUGCCACAAAAAUUAUAGUCAAUUGCAACAAUUGGCUAACUUGCAUAGGAAAAGUCCGCGAACUUAAAUGCUAUAUCAUGCUAAUGUUCACCUGAUAAUUUCUGCCACAAAUUGCCAAUUGUUGCAUUGUUGCAAUUGGCUAACUCGAAUAGCAAAAGUCCACUAGCUUAAAUGCUGUAUAAUGCUAUUGUUUACAACAAUUGGCUAAUAUACAUAGCAAAAGUCCGCUAGCUUAAAUGCUAUAUAAUUCUAAUGUUUAAAACAAUUCUCUAACUUGCAUAGCAAAAGUCUGCUAGCUCAAAUGCUAUAUAAUGCUAAUGUUUACAAUAAUUGGUUAACUUUUAUAGCAAAUGUUUGCAAGCUUAAAUGCUAUAUCCUGCUAAUAUUCACCAAAUAGCUUCUGGUGCGCACUACAAACAAUCUGGUGCGCACCACAAAUUGCCAAUUGUUGCAUUGUUGCAAUUGGCUAACUUGCAUAGCAAAUGUCCGCUAGCUUAAAUGCUAACUUGCACAGCAAAAAUCCGCUAACUUACAAUGCUGAUGUUUACCAGAUAAUUUCUGGUGCGCCCAAGACACAAAGUGGGCCGCACCAGCUUGCUUAAAUUUAUUUUAUUUCUGUCGAUGCCCUUUUUAGGGGCUCCAUACCUUUCAAAGAAUUUCAUAUGGGGCUAUAUUUAUGACUGGGUUCAUGUCAGACUUUAGAAUUGAAAAUGUGAUGAAUUUCUUUUUUUUUUUCACAUGAGGAAGCUGACGUUUUUGACAAGAGAGCAUGUUAAAAACCUCAACAUGCUGGCUUUGUACAAAAUAUGUAUGCUUUCACUGCUGGCCAUAAGUAUUGGCACUCCUGCAACUCUGUCAGAUAAUGCUCAAUUUCUCCCAGGAAAGGACUGCAAUUACAAAUGCUUUGGUAGUAAUAUCUUCAUUGAUUUUGCUUGCAAUGAAAAAAUACAAACGAGAAUAGGGAAAAAAAUGAAAUCAUGAUAAUUUUACACAAAACCCCAAAAAAUGUAUUGGCACCCUAUGAAAAAUCAUGUGAUGCUUCUCUAAUUUGUGUAAUUAACAGCACUUGUUACUUAACUUUGGCACAUAACAGGUGGUGGCAAUAACUAAAUAUCACUUGGAGCCAGUUAAAGGGGAUUAAAGUUGACUCUACCUCUGUCCUGUAUCCUUGUACCACAAUGAGCAUGGAGAAAAGAAAGAAGACCACAAAACUGUCUGAGGACUUCAGAAGCAAAAUUGUGAGGAAGCAAGUGUUAUCAAUAAGUGUAAAGCCCUUGACGCUGUGGCUAACCUCCCUAGAUGUUGACGGAAAAGAAAAAUUGAUGAGAGAUUUCAGCGAAAGACUGUGCGGAUGGUGGAUAAAGAACCUCGACCAAAAUCCAAACAAGUUCAAGCUGUCCUGCAGUCCGAGGGUACAACAGUGUCAACCCGUACCAUCUGUCGGCGCUUGAAUGAAAAGGGACUCUAUGGUAGGAUACCCAGGAAGACCCCACUUCUGACCCAGAGACAUAAAAAAGCCAGGCUGGAGUUCGCCAAAACUUAACCUGAGAAGCCAAAAACGUUUUGGAAGAAUGUUCUCUGGUCAAAUGAGACAAAAGUAGAGGUUUUGGGAAAAGGCAUCAAUGUAGAGUUUACAGGAAAAAAAUGAGGCCUUCAAAGAAAAGAACACGGUCCCUACAGUCAAACAUGUCGGAGGUUCCCUGAUGUUUUGGGGUUGCUUUGCUACCUCUGGCACUGGACUGCUUGACCGAGUGCAUGGAAGUCUGAAGACUACCAACAAAUUUUGCAGCAUAAUGUAGGGCCCAGUGUGAGAAAGCUGGGUCUCCCUCAGAGGUCAUGGGUCUUCCAGCAGGACAAUGACCCAAAACACACUUCAAAAGCACAAAAAAAAGGGUUUGAGAGAAAGCACUGGAAACUUCUAAAGUGGCCAGCAAUGAGUCCAGACCUGAAUCCUGUGGAGAGAUCUGAAAAUGGCACCCUUCAAAUCUCAGAGACCUGGAGCAGUUGGCCAAAGAAGAAUGGUCUAAAAUUCCAGCAGAGCAUAGUAAGAAACUCAUUGAUGGAUACCGGAUGCGGUUGUUCGCAGUUAUUUUUUCUAAACGUUGUGCUACCAAGUACCAUAUUGGCCCGGAUAUAAGACGGCCCUGAUUAUAAGACAACCCCCUCUUUUUCAAGACUCAAGUUUGAAAAAAAGACUUUUUGAACACCAAAUAUACAGAAAGUAAUUACAGUACAUCUGAAACAAAUGAUUAUAACAAUAUAUUUGAGAGAAAAAGCAUGUUAUUUUGCCUCAUUCAAAUCUUAAUAUCUGAACAUUUAAAUAUGUAAACUAAAGUGCUAUCACUCGUUCGUAAAUGAAUGGCUACUGGUUUUUGAAAUGUAAAUAAACCAAUCUAUUGUGAUAAAACAAAUUUGCAAUAACUGCAUUAACCAUCAAAAUAACGUCUAACUGUAACUGUAGUCUUGAAACAAAUCUGAAUAAGGAAAAACAUUGCAAUAAUAUAAUGCAAACCGGUUAAACUUGAGGGUAGCUGAGAUCUGUCAUGACAGAACAUCGCUUCAAUGAUAUCUGGCGCCAUCUAGCAUCGUGAAUGGGUAUAACGUCUAGACCGCGAAUAUAAGAUGACCCCCACUUUUUCAAUCUUAUUUCAAUGCAAAAAACACCGUUUUAUAUUCGGGCCAAUACGGUAUUAGGCUGAGGGUGCCAAAACUUUUGUAGAGCCCAUUUUUGGAGUUUUGAGUAAAAUGAUAAUGAUGAUGAUGAUUAUUUUUUUCAUUGUGUUUUGUGUUUUUUCAUUGCAAGCAAAAUAAAUGAAACAUUACUACCAAAGCAUUUGAAAUUGCAAUCAUUUUCUGGGAGAAAUUGAGCAUUAUCUGACAUAAUUGCAGGGGUGCCAAUACUUUUGGCCAGCAGUGUACUACUGUUUGCUGGUUAUUUGCAUUUGAGAUUUAAUGAAAUGCCUAGUUUUUGUCCGAGUUAAAAAUCUACGGAGCCCCUAAAGGGACAUCGACAGAAAUAAAAUAAAAUAACAUUAAUGUAAGCAAUCUGGUAAACAUUAGCAUUUAAGCUAGUGGACUUUUGGUAUGCAAGUAAGCAAAUUGUUACAUUGGCGCAAUUGGCUAACUUGCAAAAGUCUGCUAGCUUAAAUGCUAAAUAAUGCUAAUGUUUACCAGUCUGGUAAACAUGAACAUUUAAGCUAGUGGUUUUUGUUUGCAAGUUAGCCAAUUGUUACAUUGUUGCAAUUGGCAAACUUGCAAAAGUCUGCUAGCUUAAAUGAUAAAUAAUGCUAAUGUUUACCAGUCUGGUAAACAUUAGCAUUUAAGCUCGUGGAAUUUUGGUAUGCAAGUUAGCCAAUUGUUACAUUGUUGCAAUUGGCUACCUUGCAAAAGUCUGCUAGCUUAAAUGCUAAAUAAUGCUAAUGUUUACCAGUCUGGUAAUCAUUAGCAUUUAAGAUAGUGGAAUUUUGGUAUGCAAGUUAGCCAAUUGUUACAUUCUUGCAAUUGGCUAACUUGCAAAUGUCUGCUAGCUUAAAUGCUAAAUAAUGCUAAUGUUUACCAGUCUGGUAAACAUUAGCAUUUAAGCAA